UUUAAUAGCCUUAUUAGCCUGUGGGUAAAUCAGGCCCUGUUUUGGGGAAAUUUAAAAAUCAGUUUGGGGGAAAUCAUAAAAUUGUAUCUGACAACCCUGAAGCCGACAAGCAAAAUUUUUUAAGUAAUUUUUUUGUACUAAAAAGUGAAUACCGAAAAGUGUAGUCCUACGAUAACUUAAUAUAUUUGAAUUACGUGCGAACGAGAGUAAAGCUGUAAAUUCAUAAUUGUUAGACAUGAGUAUUGCGGUACUAAUCUCAUUGUUCAAUAAUUACACAACUGGACCAAAGUAUGGCUUUUCACGCGAUUGGCAAUGAUCUAAACUGUAGUAGUACUGCCGAAAGAGCCCAGGAAUCUCACGUAGAGGAUGACUUGUCUAUAAUUCCUCUCGAAAAAGACAGUUUUGGUGAUACCUUAUAUAAGAAAGUAUACUGUUGGGUCAUGGAGAGUACUGAACACAUGGCUGGAUUGAUACCUUUAGAGCCACUGCCACAGCUUCAGCAUUGGCAGGUUGCAUUGAAUGAUUUGCAGGCUGGACCACUAAAGCAUUCAGCAACAUUGGUUGCUAACAGUUAUGAAUGGAAAGAUGAGCUUUUUGGUUGUGAUUUUCUUGCUGCCCCAGUGAGCCUCUUCAAACAUGCUCCACUACAUGAAAUGUGGGAUAGCACAUUUGAAGGUAUGAAAGUUGAAGUUAAGAAUACUGACUGUGAGAAUAGUUCUGAAAAAGCCAGUGACUACUUUUGGGUAGCUACAGUAUUGAAAGUUUUGGUAGUGAUGAUACUAAAGAUUUUUGGAUUUCUGGUCAAACAAUUGACAGGAGCUCGAACUUUGCCAGCUAAUUUUUACAGUAAACUCAAUGAUAGUUUAAUAUCAAGGUUUUCUAUUGGUUCUAUUAUGGAAGUAGUUGACAAAAAUAGAAUUUCACAAGUAAAGGUAGCCAGUGUUUGUGAGAUAGUGGGCAAGAGAUUGCACGUUAAGUAUUACGACAGUUCCCCCGAAGACAACGGAUUCUGGUGUCACGAAGAUUCGCCUUUGAUUCACCCUGUCGGUUGGGCAUUUCGUGUCGGCCACCCAUUGGAUGCACCUCAGAGCUACUGUCAAAGAGUAGCUGCAGGAAGAUUUAUACCUAACGAUACCACACUAGAUAUGUUUUACAAAUACCCUACAAAUGAACCUCCUUUAUUCGCGGAGGGCACAAAGUUAGAAGCGAUAGACCCCUUGAACUUGUCAGCGGUCUGUGCUGCUACUGUUAUGCAAAUAUUGAAUGAAGGUUACAUGAUGAUAAGGAUCGACUGCUACCCAGCAGACGCUUCUGGGGCAGAUUGGUUCUGUUAUCAUCAGAGGUCGCCUUGUAUAUUUCCAGUGGGGUUUGCGCUCGCUAAUAAUAUUCCCCUUGUGCCUCCAUCUGGGUUCACUGCGGAGGAGUUUGGAUGGGAGCAGUAUCUAUCGGUCACAGGAAGCAGGGCGGCGAGUCGGUCUCUGUUCGCGGCUCGAGGUCACGUGGUUUCGCACGGAUUCGUCGCCGGAAUGCGUUUAGAAUGCGCAGAUUUGAUGGACCCGCGGCUGGUCUGCGUCGCAACCAUAGCGAGGGUAGUUGCGGACUUGCUGAAGGUACAUUUCGACGGGUGGGGCGCCGAGUAUGACCAGUGGCUGUGGGCGCACAGCACGGACAUGUACCCAGUGGGGUGGUGCCGCGCCGUCGGGCACAGGCUGGAGGGGCCGCUGCAGCCUGUGCCGCGGCACGUGCGCCGCCUACCCGCCAAGCCCGCGCGUCGGAAGCGCCGCCACCAGCACGGUGAGUGUGACCCGGCACAGUACCCGGAGUGGGGGCGCGCCGUCCCCCACAGGCUGGAGGGGCCGCUGCCGCCAGUGCCGCGUCACGUGUGCCUCCUGCCCGCCAAACCCGCGCGCCGCCAUCAGCACGGUGAGUGUAACCCAGCACAGUACCCGGAGUGGGGGCGCGCCGUCCCCCACAGGCUGGAGCGGCCGCUGCCGCUGCCGCCUAUGCCGCGUCACGUGUGCCUCCUGCCCGCCAAACCCGCGCGCCGCCAUCAGCACGGUGAGUGUAACCCAGCACAGUACCCGGAGUGGGGGCGCGCCGUCCCCCACAGGCUGGAGCGGCCGCUGCCGCUGCCGCCUAUGCCGCGUCACGUGUGCCUCCUGCCCGCCAAACCCGCGCGCCGCCAUCAGCACGGUGAGUGUAACCCAGCACAGUACCCGGAGUGGGGGCGCGCCGUCCCCCACAGGCUGGAGCGGCCGCUGCCGCUUGUGCCGCGUCACGUGUGCCUCCUGCCCGCCAAACCCGCGUGCCGCCACCAGCACGACCUGGGUGACACUAAGAGCCUCUCGCCACCAACCAGUCUGUCCGAAGUGUCCGAACGGACGGAUAAAGAAGACACGCCUAAUAAAAUGGAGGUCGACGUGGAAUCUAAGAACGGACAUGAACAAAGUCACGAACAAACAGACGAAAAUGAGAGACUGGCCGACGUCGCUCCAGACUUUACGUCUGUUCCCACGGAAACAUCACAAGAUUCCAAUGAAAAUGUCACACCGCCUUCACCGGAAACGCCUCCUAGUGAAAACGACAAAGUGAUACCAAGACUAGUCAAUACAACAGUGCCCUUAGACAUUCUCAAUACUGUGGAACCAGAAAAUUGGACUACAGCGGACGUUGCCAAAUUCCUAACAGUAAACGAUUGUCAGCCUUACUGCGUUAACUUCAGCAAUAUUACUGGCCCUAUGAUGCUGCAGCUGUCUAAAGAUGAAAUCAUUGAACUGUUAGAAAUGAAAGUGGGACCCUCCUUAAAAAUAUUCGACCUCAUACAACAACUCAAGUGUAAAAUAAAACAACCCCAGUGCAGAUUACUAAGUAGCUUUAAGUAGAUUUCUUAUAACGUAAUGCCACUCGGCAGUCGCGAAGUGAUUCGAAAAUAUUGAAUAUUAUGAAAAUGUGGCCUUCAGAUGUUUACUGUUUACCAACAGUAUUCAGUACAUAGUCUCUCUUGGAUGAGGGCCUGAAUGAAUUGUUUUUUUAAGAUAUGUGUGAAUGUGCUACCAUUUUUGAAGUGUAAUUUUCGUAAAAUUACUAGUAUUUUAGAUAUUGUGAUUUUAGAAAGAUUCUCACACGUGUAUGUCAACAGACCGGCCGCGAAGGCACGGGUAAAAAAAACCUUAAUUUUUAGUAUACAUAUUUAUUUAACUCAGGUAUUGCACACAUUUUUAAUAUUUGUUAAAACAAAAAAAAAAAAUAUUCUUAUUAUUUGUCUAUAGCAGUAAAUGAGUUUUGGAGGUCUACUUUUUUUCUCCGAAAUGAACUUUCGGUAACGAAGUUCAAACGAAACUUCAUUUCGUCAAUUUAAUGAUAAACUUAAUUUGAAUGAUAAACGAUCACAUCAAAUUUUUGGGUUUAGAGAAUCUUAACCGCAAACUUUUUUCGGGAAACCAAAAAGGAACAUAGUAAAAACGUGCGAGGUUUAAUUUUUCGUUGAAUUAGAGUAGGCUUCCUGUUUCUGAUAUUUCGCGUAAGGUCAUAUUGUGCCGACUUACGCAAAUGUAGACUUCCUACCUAGAAUGCAACAAAGUGCGUAAAGUUAGAUUUUUCUUUUCCACAUAUUGCAACGGGUACUGCCCCUCUAUCACGUCACAUUUCAACUUCAUUUUAAUAAUUUUUAGUUUAGGGAUCACAUUCACCCUGUGUUCUGUAUUAAGGCAAAGGCUCAACAGCGCAUCCUGGCACUCGAGCAGCAUAGCUUCGCUUCGCGCGAUAUAUUUCUUUGUUUAGACUAGUGAAAAUUACAUGAACUCCAGAUCGCCCCGCUUCGCUUCGCGCGAUAUAUUUCUUUGUUUAGACUAAUAAAAAUGACAUGAACUCCAGAUCGCAAGUUGACCACGAGUUGUCUUGCCGCGGUGCAGUAAAUUCCCAUCGCUCAUAUAAGGUUUUAAUUUCAGAUCAAAAUUAGUGUAUGUUUGAAAAAAAGUGUCCAUUGUCGUGCAAAAUUAAGUUAAUGCUUAUUUUAGAAAACCAAGCUAUGAUGAAGUAAGUGAUCAAUAUUAUUACGUCAGUAUUAAAUUAUCACCAUAUUUUAUGUAACCAUAUUAUAUGAUUCAGAUCAAUUUAAAAACCAUGUAUAUUAAUCCUUACUAUUUUUGUUUAUUCAAAUAAUUUUUAGCUGACAACCUGAUAUAUUAUAAGUUACACUGUGGACACAAAUUAUAGCAUUGUAUCAUUUUAAAAAUAAAAAACUGUAUUUAUAUUAAUUAUUGCAUUUUAAUAUAGGCAUAGGCCAUGCUAGGCCAUAAAACUAUGCGAAUACCCACGAUAUUAAGGGCUUAUUAUUGCGGAUUUAUGGCGUAAAGGCAUGUUUUUAUUUCUCAUUGGUGCAUUCUGAUUUCUGAUAUGUCAUUCACGUGUCACAAAUGCUGCGCGAAAAACGAAACGUAGUGGGGAACAACACGCAAAGCUUGUUACAGAUAGUGUUGCGGCCGUAUGGCCCAUAACAAUUGAUCUGUCACUUUGAGUCAAUUGAUUAGGUUCAGCUUUUCAUGCGAAAUUCUGUAAAAUUCUCACAAUAAAAGAAUAGAAUAUGGUCUGUGAAACACUUAAAAUGCGGGCUGAAGACCCGAGGAGGAUGCUAAAGGAUCGUAAAGCGGACUUAGUCAACGGGUAAACAUGGGCAGUUUAGACUAAAAAACAAGUUUUUCAAAUAAUCUCAGGUUAUAUUAUACUAAGUAAAUUUUAAACAAGGUAACCAACGAUAUUAAAAACCCUAGAUACAAUAAUAUCACUACCAAAAUCUUGUCUGGAACCUGUCCAAAAGUUAUAUUGAACGAUUCGCGGAGUUCCGUGACAUGAUUGCGUAGUCUAAAACGAUAUACCUAAGGCAUUAAUUAUAUUAAUAUUCAAAAAUAAAAAUGUAAAUCUUUUGUAUCUAUUUGGCAGAUAACGUGGGCCCAUUUUCUUCCCCAUUCAUAGCCUUUUGGUACAUCCUUUCAGGUAUACGUAAUUUGAAACCGUUUAAAAGUAGAAAAGAGGCAUCUCGUGGUUUUUAUGAUAAAUGAAUGAUAUUAAUGGAUGGGAAAUCUUAACUUUGCUUUCGAUGCGAUCUAGUCAGACAAUAAUGUUAUAAACUCAAUUAAUAUACAACAAAUACGGUCGACCACCAUGAAGUUAAUUAUGCUGCGAAUUUGAUUUUUCAGAAAUAAAAUUGCCUAGUGCGCUGUGCAGCUAAACGGUUACUUCAGACUAAAUGACCAAGAUAUCUCGACCGUACUGUACUAAAUGGUGAUCCGACCUGCCAGUCGAUUUUUCUAUCAACCUGACUUGCAUUUUUUUUUAUUUAUAGUGGAAAAGCUGCAUUUGGGUAAAGAUAACGUGAUUUUGUGAUUUCUGUUCAAGUUUUAAGGAAAAUAUCAUCCUUAAACACAAUAUAUUUAUUUAAUAAAACUAAUAUAGGCAUGUAUGUGAAAUCAUAUAUUAUGGUCAAUCUAAAUCAUGUAUUAUGAUUUAUAUGCAAUAAAAUAUAUAAUUUGAUUUUUUGUCACCAUUUGAAAUCGAAGACGCAUCAAUACACCCAAUAGGUACCAUGAUUUGGUAGAAUUUACGUAUUGAAUUAUGUUUCGCAUUAAAGAGUUUUGCUAUUGUUGUUUAGCAAUUCGUACAAAUAAUGUGGGCAAGAAUGGUAUGAAUGCUUGCUCGUAAGUGCCACAAGCCACAACCCAUAAUAAGGGCCGAGACACACGGCAGACUGUGUGUUGGCUAAUAUACGACAAGAUCAUUAUUUCAACGCGUUUUUUUUAACUAAGUUUAACGAUCGCUCGUGCGGGUAGAUAGCACAAAAAGUCUGCCGAACUUAGAUUUGCUCGGUAUGCUGGCGAACCGACAGUCAAAGCACGUUAGUGUAUACAUUGUGGCUUUUCAAUGGAACUUAUAGCCAAUAAAUUAUAUAAAUACAGGGGGUCGCUGUAAUUUUAUAAUUUAUGUGCGAAUUCUCGUAUAAAUCUGUUAAAUUUGUCAUUUUAUUUCUAAUAUAACAUCUAAUAGUUCACAAUAUGUGUAAUUUAUUUAAAUCUUAAAAUGACAAGUUGUUUCAUGAAAGAUGAUAUGAAGGUAGUGUGAAAUGUAAUGUCGAAUUUAACGGAUGUUUAAGAGAAUAUAUGAUCCUGGUGUCGAUUCUGACAUGAUUCUCUAAACCUAAAUUUGAAAACAGUGUAUCCUUGUCAUUCUCUAUACAAAAUGAAAAGUAGAGAUAAAAUGUUAAAUUUAGAGAAUCAUACCAGAAUUGACACCCAAUACAUUAUUAUCAAAUUGAAGAAUUCUUAAAUGAAACAUUAGACGUGUAAUCCAAUAUCGUUCGCUGUUUUUGACUUCGGGCAACGAAUUAGAAAUAAUAUGGAAUAUGAACUGCGCUAAAAAGUGGUACCACGCUAACUGCGCUGAAGUGGGCGGGGCGAAAAAACUUCGAUCAUCACGCCGAUCAUGAGAUUGGCUGAGAUUUCUGUAACAAUAUCUUACCCAAUGAAUGGAUAGCCGAAUUUAUAUGCAGAUGUUUGAUUUGUCAAAGUAUUUUGCUUUGUCUGUUGCGUGUUGCGCUAUUAUUGAAGUUUAGUUGUUUUUUUUCCCAUGUUUUAGCGGCCAUUGUUAGAGAGUAAUGUUUCUAUAUAAUUUCUAUUUCGUUGUCUUCAGGUAAUGGAUGUUGAUACGCACGUUGACGAGCUUUCGACAGCUAUAAUUGUCAUAUUGGUAGAGAGAGUGCGAGUAUGCAAGUUAGGUGAUAUUGCCUUUUUAGUGACUUAAACUCCUUUAAUAUUUGCCAAAAGGAUAUUAUUAUUAAAUGGUAUUAAAUAAAAUUAAGAUUGAUCAAUA